AUGGCAGUUUAUAUAAAAAGAAAGUUUUUAUUUAAUUUAUCUACUUUGGAAGUAAUCUACCCUAUGAAUUUAUCAAAGCAUUUAUUAGAUGCGUCUGGGCAUGCCCUGAGUGUUGAUAACGAAGCAAGCAAAUAUACACUCACACAUAUGAAUGCAGCAUUUGAAAAGGUUAUUUCUGUCAUAAUGGGUGGGCCGAAAUCACUAAUACAAUACAUUUAUGAUGCAGAAGAAAAAAAGAAACAAUUUCAGAAAAAUUAUGGUUUACAAAAUAUUCAGGGACGUGUCCGGAGACAGGAGUACACGGGUAACCGUCAAAAUAAAUUAAACAAUUUGAGAAGAUUUUUUUUAAAAGAGAAGACGAUGUGA